UCUAAGAAGGAAGUGAAUCAGAGGGAAAUCCCCCCACCAGAUUAUGUCACAAUCCCUCCUCCUCCUCCUCCUCCUCCUCCUCCUCCUCGUCAGACCAAGGCCAGUUCCAGCCAAGCAGCUUGCCUUGUGCCUUCCUCCUCUUCCUCUUCCUCGGCCGAAGUCAUUGCAGGACCUUCUCCUUGUCCUCACAAGACCCCACCCGGCGCCAUGGGUUCCCCCAGCACGGUCAAGGCGGAGGAGGGGUCUGCCAUGGUGACCCUCGACGGCUGUGGCGACAGGAGCGGCCCCACCGCCAUCCACAUCCACAUCAACCAGGAGUCCUGCCUGACCUCCCUUUGGAAGGGCGUGCAAUUCAUCCGGCGCUCCUCGCCGCCCGCCCACAAGGAAGCCGGGGCGACCAAGACCACGUUGACCCCCAAGGAUGGACCCAGGGCCAGGGCCGGAUCGGACGGGGAGCAGAAAGUGCUGGGGGGGGCCCUGAUUCUCCUCGGCGCAUUCUGCGUGGCCCUGGGCGUUGAGAUCACGAGGGGCUACACCCGAGUGGUCAACAACUUCGGCUUCGUGCCCUACCGCGUCGUCCUGGAUGGAACCGCCUUCUGGACGGGGAGUGCGUUCAUUGUCGCUGGCAUCUUUUCUGUGGUGGGAGCCAGACGCGGGGGCUUCUGGGUCCACGUGGCCACCUUCUUCAACCUGGCCAGCAUGGUGACGGGCUCCGUGGGUUUCGUGCAAACCCUGAAUGAAAUCAUGCACUUCAGAUACUUCUAUAUAACUGACUAUAUCUGUCGGAGCCUGGAGAGGAAAUCUUAUGGAUGGCUAGAGGGGACGCCGAGCUACAUCCCUGACAGAAGCUGGCUGGAGAGAUGCGAGAUGUUUGUGGAGUCAUUCAUGAUGUUCAGCUUUGAAUUGCGGAUCAUGCUCCUCGUCCUUGCCGGUGUUGCUGUUCUGAUUUCCCUGUUCGGCCUGGGAUAUGGCCUCCGGCUCCUCUGGCGCCGCUUCUGGGCCAGGGUGGACAACUGUGACUACAACGCCGUUGUGCAGCAGGAAACACCCCCACCGUAUGGCAACGAGGAAGAUCCGGAGAGAGGGGGGGACGCUGCUUGAGCCACACCCCAUGUGCCCCCCUCCCCUCCCCUUUCUGUGCAAAUGCCUUAAUUAUAUCGAUGGCCCCUCUGGGCACACUAUGGUGGGGCACUGUGUAGUCGUGAGCACAUGCAAACCCAAUAUCUAAUGCAUCAAUUUCUUCCUAUUUAGCGGAAAAUCCCACGUGCACCUCCCCUCUCUCUGUGCAAAUACCUUAAUCAUAUUGCAAAUUAUGGGGGAACGCCAUGUAAUCAUAUAUGCAGUGUAUCAUUUUUUUUUUCAUAUUUAGCAGGAAACCCAGUAUUUUGCAUAGAACCAACAAGACAAUUUUGUAUGCGGAUGAAGAGAAAGCCCGAUGUGAUCAGUAUCGUCUUAAAACUUGUGCAAUUUUCAGCUGGCUGGCUUUUGGAGGGUGACCUUUCCUUCUGGCUUCAUUUUAUAGAAUGCUGAAUAAAAGCUGGGAGUGAAUUCCUUC